AUGAAAAGCGCUGCCGGUUUUGUGAUUUUCAAGCGCGCUCCUCCCAAUGUUCUCUAUUUGUUGUUACAAACUUCGUACGGGGAGCACCACUGGACCCCUCCGAAAGGUCAUGUUGAUCCCGGCGAGACCGAAAUGGUGACAGCCCUUCGGGAAACCGUCGAGGAGUCGGGGCUCAAAAAAGACGACUUGAAAAUCUACAACGACGUGAAGAGGGUUCUAAAUUACAAAGUCAAAGGAGUUCCAAAGGUUGUGACUUAUUGGUUGGCGGAGCUUGUCAAUCCAAAGGCUGAGGUGAUAUUGUCAGACGAACAUCAGGAUUUUAAGUGGCUGAAUCUGGAGGAGGCUUGUGUCUACGCAAAGUACGCCGACCUUCAAGAAUCGCUGAAGUAUUUUGAUAAUUAUAUAUGUUCAAAUAAACUAUGAUUAAUUGUU